CAAAUGAACUUACACAGUUUCAAUAACAAACAUCCGCCAAAAUGUCCGAGCAAAGCAAACCUCCGGCUCCGCGAAUAGCAAUCAAGUUCGGCGCUACGUCGAACAAUAACAACUCGAAGAAAGCAUCAAAACCAAAUCCACCCUCGUCGCUAGGGAAGCGGCCACGAUCACACGCUCUGGGGGGCGCUUCCGACUCUGAGGAUGAUGAUUAUGAGCAUCGAGGACGGCAUGAGAAGAUCACUGGCUUUGGGGUAGACGGAGCGGAGACGGAGCGCAAGGCCAAAGACUCGAGGAUGGAAAAGAAGGACUAUGUGAUUGCCCGACAACCAAAUCACGACUGGAGAUCAGAGGCCAAGGCUCAGAGGAAGAGCAAAAAUUCGCUGCCCGAGGAGGCAAGAGCGCAGCAAAACAACACAACCGUCGAGACGGAACCUGCGGAUCAGGACAAGGGACUCAAAUGGGGUCUGACGAUUAAGGAGAAGACCGAGGACGACAACAAGGAUAUUGGAUCAGAGUCUAAGGAGAAGCCAGUCUCCAAUGAUGACGACCAGAAAAAGCCACCGCCCAAACGAACAGCAGAUGACGAAGCAAUGGACGCUCUACUAGGCAACAAGGAGGAGGACGAAAAGAUCAUCCAUCCAACCGAAGCGGACGCCUACCGUCGCGACAUCCAAGGAGCAGGAGAGACAUCCACGCUUGAUGACUAUGAAGCCAUGCCAGUGGAAGAAUUCGGCGCAGCUCUUCUCCGCGGUAUGGGCUGGGACGGAAAACCUCGCGGUACAGUCAAGGAAGUCAAGCGACGUCCGAACCGAAUCGGCCUUGGUGCUAAGGAGCUUAAGGGUGAAGAGGACCUUGGCGGAUGGAAUCAGAGCGGAAAGAAGAACAGACGACCGCGCUUGGACGAGUAUCGCCGAGAGGAGAGUAAACGAAAGGAGGGUCGCCGCCAUGAGGACAGUUACAAGCGUGAGCGUGAGCGUGAACGCGAGAGGGAUCGAGACAGCAGGCAUGGACAUCGUGAUCGUGACCGUGACCGAGACCGCGACCAUGACCGUGAUCGGAACAGGGACUACGACCGGCAUCGGAGUCAUCGGGACUAUGAUCGACGACGGUAAAUCAAGCAGUCGCAAGUUCGCUAUGAAGGCCUUACUACCGGCUUAUCAACACGACGCAAUGAUACCUUUAUUAUCUGGGAAAGUGGUCAAUUCUUUCCAAAGAUGCAUAUUACGUAGACCAAAAAUGAUCCCAACGCAAAACCAAAAAAGAAGAAGAAAAGGAGAUACUCAGUCAUUGCACAGACACGUAAGAAUGACACUUUUUAUCACGAAAU